GUCUAAAGCUGAAAGUCAAACAUCUAUAUGUCACUUUGACUUGUUCAGUCAACUGUCUAGUUCUUCUAUAACUAACAAAUCCUCACCAUUCUUCUUCUACUAUACAUUGUGAUGGCGGAUGGCGGUGAGAUUUUUGUGGUUUCAGGAGCUGGGCGUGGCCAUCUCCAACCCUGCGCGGAGCUCUGCAACCACCUUAUCUCCCGAAAUUACCAUACUACCCUCGUCAUUCCCUCCUCCUCCUCCUCCUCUUUCACCCAAAACCCCCUCGCCAAAAUCCUCCAACUCAAAGCCUCCCCGGGCCCACCCAAUCCAGGACCCGACCCGCUCCGCUACCAAGCGACACAAGACCUCCACGACCACCUCGCCAGCCUUUCCGAUAUUCCCGACGCGCCCCUCCCUCUCUGCGCCAUCGUCGACUUUCAAAUGGGUUGGACCAAGGAGGUCUUCUGGAGAUUCCAAGUGUCGGUCAUCGGAUUCUUCACCUUUGGCGCGUCCGCCGCCUCCAUGGAGUGGGGCGCUUGGAAAGUCGGCGUCGGUGAUAUCCGACCCGACGAGCUCCGACCAAUUCCCGGCCUGCCCGACCACAUGGCUCUCUCGGUUGCCGAUCUUAAACGAAGGCCAGCCGGUCCUCCACGUGGCGUCCCGAACCGGCCUCCGGGCGGUGGAGGAGGAGGAAAAGGAAGAAGUGAUGGUGGUGGUCCGCCUAAACCGGGAGACCGACCUCCCUGGGUCCCAGAAAUAGAAGGCUCCAUGGCUCUGAUGUUCAACACGUGUGACUUCAUCGACCGUGCGUUCAUCGACUACAUGAAAGAUCAGAUGGGGAUGCCCGUAUGGGGUGUGGGCCCACUAUUGCCGGAAACGUACUGGAACCGGAACCGGAACCGGAACCGGAACCGUCCGGUCGAAGAAAACCAGCGCCAAUCGAACUACACUGAAGACGACGUCGUUCAGUGGCUGGACUCAAAGCCACGCGGGUCCGUCUUGUACGUGGCCUUCGGCAGCGAAGUGGGUCCCAAUGCGGAGGAGUAUCCCCAACUGGCGAGUGCGCUGGAAGAGUCGACCCGGCCAUUCAUCUGGGUCAUCCAAACGGGGGUGGGUGGCGGGUACAACCAGGACGGGCUGGAGAGCAGAGUGGGGGAGAGGGGUUUGAUCAUAUGCGGAUGGGCACCGCAGCUGCUGAUACUGAGCCACCAGUCAACAGGCGGGUUCUUGUCGCACUGCGGGUGGAACUCCACCGUGGAAGCCGUCUGCCGUGGGGUCCCCAUUUUGGGGUGGCCCAUUCGGGGGGACCAGUAUUGCAAUGCCAAGCUGGUGCAAAAGCAUCUCAAGGUAGGUUAUGGAGUUUGUGAAAGUUUUGAAGAAUUGGUUAAGAAAGAAGAUAUAUUGAAAGGGAUUGAGAGGCUGAUGGGCGAUGAAGAUAUGAAGAGGCGGGCCUUGGAGACAGGGCGGAAGUUUGAGGGCGGGUUUCCGGCCAGCUCCGCGGCUGCAUUGGAUGAUUUUGUGGAUUUCAUUAGGCCAAAAACCAGCUCACAAGUUUAGAAUUGAUAGGUUUAAUGUCAAGUGUGUAGUGUUUUAAUUUGAUGCUCUGUGGCUGCAUUGCCUUAGCCUUUUUUGGGCGAAGCAAGACAUCAUGCAUUAUGCAUAUAUAUAGUUUGUGAAACCUCAAAAAAUAUGAUGAGCUCCGUUCAUUUGUAAGAGUGAAAAUUUCUUGCGUACAACGGGUGUGAAAAUUUCUCCGGCAAUAAGACAGGCAUAUAUCAUGUCGUUCCGAUCAAGUGACUAGUUAAUAGUUAGAGUAACGUUUUAUAUACAAUCGUUGUGUACAAGAAUUGCUCCGAGAAAGUGGCACAAGAUGAAGGAAAGCAAUAAAAAAGCAAGUUCAUGAUGUUUUAAUAGAUAAA